GCCUGAGUCUCGCGAUAAAGGCUCAUUGUCUCGCGGGAGCGCAGCUGGGAGAGGGGUGCUGGGGCGGCUCUGGCCAGGGAAGAGGAGUUGCAUGUGUCACCUCAGCUGGCGAUAGCGGCGGGAGUGGAGGCGGCAGGCCUGUGCGACCGCCUGGGUUUGGGAAAUGGCUGCUGACAUUUCUGAAUCCAGUGGGGCUGAUUGCAAAGGAGACCUAAGGAGCAGUGCCAAGUUAGAUGCCGAUUACCCACUUCGAGUCCUUUACUGUGGAGUCUGUUCGUUACCAACAGAGUACUGUGAAUACAUGCCUGAUGUUGCUAAAUGUAGACAAUGGUUAGAGAAGAAUUUUCCAAACGAGUUUGCAAAACUUACUGUAGAAAAUUCCCCCAAACAAGAAGCUGGAAUUAGUGAGGGUCAAGGAACAGCAGGAGAAGAAGAAGAGAAGAAAAAACAAAAGAGAGGUGGAAGGGGGCAAAUAAAACAAAAAAAGAAGACUGUACCCCAGAAGGUUACUAUAGCCAAAAUUCCCAGAGCAAAGAAGAAAUAUGUAACAAGAGUAUGUGGCCUUGCAACUUUUGAAAUUGAUCUUAAAGAAGCACAAAGAUUUUUUGCUCAAAAGUUCUCCUGUGGUGCCUCAGUAACAGGGGAGGAUGAAAUUAUCAUUCAGGGAGACUUUACAGAUGAUAUAAUUGAUGUCAUUCAGGAAAAAUGGCCAGAGGUAGAUGAUGACAGUAUUGAAGAUCUUGGAGAAGUAAAGAAGUGAUUUUGAAAAUGUGUCUGUAUUUAAUGACCUGAACUGAAAGUUGAUAUGGCCAAAGGGGGAGCGGCCUUUAAAAAAAAAAAAAGAAUAUAUAUAUAUAUAUAUAUUUAUCCUACAGUAAAACUGUAGACUACCCUCAUCCUUGGCGUUUUCACUGUUCUGUACAAGGCUGCUUGUUUUUUUAUUGCCAAAGUCUAAUAAAGAGGGGAGACUGUCAUGCUUCUGCGUGAGAGAGAAUUUAGUGAAAUAAAAAAUUUUGGUCAUUUGGUACUGACUUUUAUCUUUCUCUUUUUAACUUUUUAUUUUUGGAAAAACCCUGUAGACCUUCUGUGGGAAGCAUUUCUGUUGAUUAUUUUACUGAACUAAAGCUGAGUGAUUUUUUAAAAUUUGGUUUCCUCACCAGUAAUAUGUCUCCUUGCUUCUUUGGUGGUGAUAAUUUUGAGAUGGGUGAAAAUCUUAACAGAUUUGUGGUUGAAUUUGCUUCCUUGUUACUAAGUCCAUUUUGUAGGCAUAAUAACAUACUGUUAGUAGUUGUUCAAGCUGUUCUGGAGAUUCUGGUAAAGUAUAUUAAAAGCCUUAAAACCAUGUGCACUGUAUGACCCAGGAAGCCACUUCUUUGACAUUAUCCUAAGGAAAUGGUCUUGUGGCUCAGUACCCAUGGCUCAGGGAGUAGGGUGCUGGCCACAUACACCGAGGCUGGCAGGUUCGAGCCUCACCUGGGCCUGCUAAACAACAAUGACAAUUGCAACAAAAAAAAAUAGCCAGGUGUUGUGGUGGGCGCCUAUAGUCCCGGCUACUUGGGAGGCUGAGGCAAGAGAAUCGCUUCAGCCCAAGAGUUUUGAGGUUGCUGUGAGCUGUGAUGCCACGGAACUCUACUGAGGAUGACAUAGACUCUAUCUCAAAAAAAAAAAAAAGAAAGUAACAGUCUUGGAUAAAAUUGCUGAAUGAAGGUGUUCAUUACAAUAUUGUUUUUGAUAUCAAAAAUUGCAAAAUAUAUAAAUGAACAAUUGGGAAAUGGUUAAAGAGGUGACAGUGCAUCAUGUGAUAGAAUAUUAUGUAUAUGUUUAAAAUUCAUAUUUUCUUUUUUUUUUGUAGAGACAGAGUCUCACUGUACAGCCCUCAGAUAGAGUGCCGUGGCGUCACAUGGCUCACAGCAACCUCUAACUCUUGGGCUUACGCGAUUCUCUUGCCUCAGCCUCCCGAGCAGCUGGGACUACAGGCGUGCGCCACAACGCCUGGCUAUUUUUCUGUUGCAGUUUGGGUCCGAACCCGCCACCCUCGGCAUAUGGGGCCGGCGCCCUACUCACUGAGCCACAGGCGCCGCCCUAAAAUUCAUAUUUUCUAAGAAUACUUGGAAACAUGUUUGGUAACGUUAAAUGGGGUAGACCCAAAUCCAUUUAGAUAUUUAUUAUUAUUCCGAGUGGAAGGCCAUUCAGAGAGGCUGGGAAUUUUUGUUCUAACUAUUAAAUAAUGUGAGUAAAAUUCUGCUAACCAAUUAAAAAUAAUACAAAUCCACGCUUACUAUAGAAUCUGGAAAGUAACAAUUUUGAAACAUGUCUUUCUUACAAGAGAAACUGACAGAUUUAGUGAAUGCAUUAAAUGAACUUAAACUUUUAAGUCAGGUGCUGCAAAUUGAAGACAUGUAGUGUUUUAAAUUGCUAUAGAUAAAUUUUUUAAAAACUUAGAAUGUAUGAAACCAUUGUUUAUUGCCAUGCAAAUUACAAUCUCGAAUGAAUGUUUUUUUUAAAUAAAGUCUUAGAAAAAUGUGUAAUAAAGAUAUAAAAUUUUCAAUUCUGCAUUAACUGAAUUCUACUAAAUAGGAUUACCUGAUGAAGCAAAUUUGUCUAUCAAGACCAUUUGGCAUUUGUUAACGUGUGUUAUUCCAUUGGUGCUGGAGAUGUUUGUGUGCCUGUAUCAACACAGUGUGACUUUAUGUAACGUUUCUUAAUGUUAUUGGUUCUUGGAAUGCAGUUUCAAUCCAUAGAUAGCCAGCAAUGGAUGUCACUGCAGGAAAAUGCAGGAUUAAAAUUGUACUUGUG